AGCUAUGCCCUUCUGCCCCUCUGGGUCGGGGCAGAGCUACUGUGCUGCCUCUGGACAGUGGGAGCUGCCCUGGCCUCCCUGUGGCUCCCAGACAAACUGGCUUUGUCCUGUGCCCCCCUCUGCCCCACCCUAGCAGGGUGAGAGGCGGUACGGCAUGGCAGGGGCUACACCAGGCUGUGUGCUGGAUGGGCAGCAGGGGCUACAGCAAAUUUUAGAAUGGUUGCAGCCUGCCCCCAUAGCCAUUACCACACCCCAGUCUGGGAGCACACGACCCCCUCAUGCCCUGCCAGCACUCACCCCACCAGGGCAGCAGGGGAGGAGGGGGUAUGGGACAAAGCCACCACUUGUCCAGGAGGCGCAGGGAGGCCAGGGCGGCUCUGGCUCCUGCGUGCUUGUCCAGAGGCAGCUCGGCAGCUCCGUCCUGCCCCAGCGGGGCGAGUGGCAGGAGGGCAUAGCCCCUGCUCCCAGCGCCUUCUGCUGCCCAACCCCAGCACAGCCCCGGCCUUGCCCACCCUACGCGGAUCUGGGGGCACACCCCCUCCCAUGCGCUCCUGGGCUGGCAGCACACAGUGGCAGGAGCCACCUUAACCCAGCCCCAAUCCCUCCCUCGCUGUGGGGGCAUUGAUCUGCCCCCCUCACACCUCUUCCCUCCCCCCCACCACAAGGGAUUUACCAGCUGGAGGUAGCUGUGUCUAGCAUCAUAAAGUCGAAACCCACAUCAGAACCUCAAAACAGGGUGUACAUUUAUAAAGGUCGUAAGUGCCAUUCAUUGUAACUCAAAGUCACUAGUCAAGGACUGCCUGUAUUGUAGACCAGAAUAGAAUAAACAUAAUGGUAUGUUCCAUAUCCUUCCCUUCCUUGCCAAAGGGCUAUGGAAUAAUCCAGUCUGGGCUGUUACCCCUAUAUGGAUCACUCAAUGGUACCUUUCCUUCUGCCCCUUUGCAAAGUUCUCCCCAUCUGAUCUUUGCAAUGACUUCCCAUUUUCUUGUACCGCACCCAUUAUGUGCAGUCUCUGGUUGGAGUAGAUAAUUUCCUGAGGUCCCUUCCAGUCUUACUUUUCUAUGAUAGUGGUACCAGCCAUCCCUUCUCCCGUGGCUACAGAAAUAUGUUCCAUUUCCCCCCCCUUGCCUCAUGCAGACAAUGCAGUAGUACAAGCCAAUUUACUUCCCCCCUUUUGUUAAUGGUAUUUUCCAAUCUGUUCCAUAUCCCCGCAGACCCACACCUGGGUUCUAUAGGCUUGUCCAAUUCCUCCUAUCCCUCGUAUUGAGUGGAAUGGUUUGGUCCACUCUUCUGCUGGCCCCCCCACCUCACAGUCGUAAUGGUACAGUCCACUGACCUGAGCUUGGAGAUGGAGGAAAAUAGACUGGUCCAUUAAAAGAAAUGGGGGAAUUCUAUCCUGAAACCAAACCAUUCUAUAAAGGCAGGGAGGAUAAGAGCUGCUCCCCACCCUCCUAGCUAAAGUUGUGAAUGGACCCAUCCAUCCACAGCAGCAGGAGGGGAUGAAAUGUUCCAUGUAUACCAAGGGGGGAGGGGUGCUUUAUCCUGCCCAGCCUGGAACAAACAGUUGCCCUAAGAGGGGGCUUUCUUGAAGGGGCAGAUUCAUUAGGGCACUGAGCGAGCAGGCUACCCUGGAGGAGGGGGCUCCUAUCCAGAGUCAUUUCUGGCCCAUUCCACUCUAGCAGAUUAUUUUUUUUUGGCAGGGAGGGAGAAAGGACCAUUCUCCAUGAAACUACCCAGAGAUUGAUCGAUACCACAAAGGGGGGGGGGCAUCCUGGGUGAAGCCAUUCCAUCGGGAGAGGGGACGAAAUGCUCUGGGGCUUGAGAUGCCUCAGUUGCCUUGGUUACGGUCUCUAUGGAGACCGUCUGUAUCUAAGCGGCCAGGAUUUGAUGCUUCCAGCCACAAUUAAAUAAAAUCAGAGCUGUUUUCCGUAGCGUUGCCUGGGUCAUUUCAGCAUGCACUCCAUCCUGCAGUCCCGGCCCCUAGGCAAUUCCUCACCCUUGAGCGGGAAGGAAUCAAUCAGAGACCACCCUGCCAGCUUGGGCCCGCCCCCCACGGUGCCAAUGGAAAAGGGGUGGAGUCAUGAGAAGGAAGUGGAAUGGUAUCGCGAGAAGUCAGUGGAGGACCGCCAUCUUGGAAAGGGGAAAAAAUUCGCUUUGGAAGAAGGCAUCUUGGAGUGAGAGGACUGCAGAGGAAGCUUAUUGGGGCGGUUAUUUGGAAAGCCGGACACCUGCGUUCCCCUCCCAAGCCUGGCCUCUCUCAUGGACUCCAAGCAACCGAGUAUCUCCAAAACACUCACUGGAACGGAGCACAGGCGUACUGGCUCUCACCGCGCAGGGAACCCAGGCAUCCCAGACCGAACCCAGAUCCUGCCCCCACUUCAAACACAAUGGUCAGAGCUAGACUGGAGCUCACCUGAGCACCCACCUGCAGCAAGGUGGGGCAUGGCAGCCGUGUGGCAGCAGGUGCUGGCUGUGGACGCGAGGUACAACGCCUACCGGACACCAGGGUUCCCCCAGUUCCGCACCCAGUACAUCCGGCGCCGGAGCCAACUGCUGCGGGAGAACGCCAAGGCUGGGUUUGAGGCAGGACCACGGCGCCGAUACCUCCGGUUGCGUGCCCAGCUCUUGGCCCAACGCUACGGGCCCUUGUCAGAGCAGAGCAGCUGCCGGGCCUACAGCAACAGCCUGGUGCGUGGCAGCCGCACCACCCUGGACCGCAUGGAGGACUUCGAGGAGGAGGCACGGGCGCUGGGAGCACGGGGGCACCGGCGCUCCGUCAGCCGUGGCUCAUACCAGCUGCAGGCCCAGAUGAACCGUGCUGCCCAUGACGACAGGCCACCAGGGGGGCUGGUGCCGACGGCAGCAGCUGAGGCGAGCCGGGCCAUGGCUGGGGACACAACCCUGAGCGAGAACUAUGCUUUUGCUGGUGUCUACCACAUCUUUGACCAGCAUGCCGACCAAGCCGUGCCAAAGGUGGCGUUUGCCCAUGAUGACCGACACCUUCUGGCCUGCUGCUCAUGGGAUGGGACACUGUCAGUGUGCCGCCUUGCACCAGGGCCACCAGCUGUGCUGCAGGUGCUACGUGGGCACCGUGGGCCCGUGGCUGAUUUUGCCUGGGCCUUGUCCAACGACCUGCUGGUCUCAGCCUCACUGGACACCACCCUGCGCAUCUGGGCCCCCAGCGAUGGGCGCUGUGUGCGCGAGGUUCCUGAUCCUGAUGGUGCACCCCUGCUCUGCUGCGUCUUCCAGCCCCUCAACAACAACCUCACUGUGGUGGGGAACGGGCGCCAGGGACUGCAUGUACUGAACAUCUCAACAGGGAAAACAGCACGGGGAGGCUCAGCUCGGCUGGGUGGGCGGGUGCUGUCUCUCUGCUUUGAUGCACCUGGGCACCUGCUAUGGGCUGGCGAUGACCACGGUGCCAUCUGCUCCUUCCUCUUUGACGUGGCAACUGGAAAGCUGAUGAAGGCAAAGCGACUGGUGUUGGGGGGUGGUGCAGCUGUGACCAGCAUCUCAGCUCGGUCCUGGAUCAGCCGUGAGGCUCGAGACCCCUCGGUGCUGGUCAGCGCCCGUGGCCCUGGCGCUCGCCUGCUGCUCUACCGGGUGGUGGAUACUGAGGGAGGGCUGCAGCUGAAGCGCAGCUUCCCAGUGGCACAAGGGACGCAGCCUGUGCGCUCUAUCUUCUGCCCUCUUAUGUCUUUCCGCCAGGGCGCCUGUGUUGUGACAGGCAGCGAGGAUGCAUGUGUGUACUUCUUCGAUGUGGAGCGCUCAAGCCGGGCUGUAGUGAACAAGUUGCAGGGUCAUGGUGCCCCUGUGCUGGGUGUCAGCUUCAACUGCGAUGAGAGCCUGCUGGCUUCCAGUGAUGCUCGUGGCCAGGUCAUCGUCUGGCGCCGUGAGCAGAAGUAGCCACUUCCUGUCCUGGAUGAAUCCACGUCCUGUCCUGGAUGAUUGCAGCCAAUGAUGGAAUGCCUGUGGCCAGUUCGUCUGGUGUUGUGAGCAGAAAUAGCUACUUCUGGUCCUGGAUGUGUCCCCUACCUGUUCCCAAUGACUGAUCCAUGAAGGGAUGGUCGUGGCCAGGUCAUUAUCCGGUGCUGCAAGUAAAUGUAGCUACUUCUGGUCCUGGAUCUACCCUCUGCCUGUUCUGAAUAUCUGCUUCCUGUCCCAGAUGCACCCACUGCCUGACCUGAGGGAGUAUAUCCUGAAGACACCUGCAGGCAGGUUAUCAGCUGGUAUCAUGAAUUGUAACUACUUUCUGUCUUGAUUGUACCUACUUCCUGUCCUGAAUACUUUCCUCCCCAGGGCAUACCCA